UCAAGCAACAACAACCGCCAUGUUGAAUAUCGCUGUGCUUACUUCUCCUCUUCUAUUUGCAAGAUUUUCUGAAUCGAGAUCAUUGUGAACCCCAACUACAGACUGUCUCAGGUCGGAUGACUCUGAGGGCACACGGGAUUUCUACCCUUGAUGAGGGAACAUGGGAACCGGGUGAUGAGGCCGCUUGAAAUAAUGGGCCAAGCUCCAACGAAACCAAAGCUUCCUAUACAUGUGAGCAGGAUGUCUUCAAUCGUGGUCAAAAAGCGCCGCACCGAACUCGACAUGCUGUCCGAUUCGAACAUCAUAGAGUCGAUAGGGAUAACUCCAAGGAAGUUGCGACACAGUUUAGCCACGACGGAAAAUGCGGACGCAAAACAUAGGACCCCGGGGCCCGCCAGCCUGCCAAAGAAUGGACCAAAAUGCAAUACGCCGUCGAAAGACGACAUCAUACGUCAGAAAGACGCAGAAAUCGAAGAGCUACGGAAGCAGAACGAAGCUCUCCAGAGUCGUCUCGCUGAGAUCGAAGCCAAAUAUAAAGAGUUUGUGCCCCCUCAGAACAUUGUACCACACCGAAAGCGAAGCGGAACCGACGACAAAAAAACGAGGAAGCCGAUGCGGACAAACUCCGCUGUCUCGAAACUGGAAGUCGAAGACCACGAAACUCCCUUGAUGACCUCAGCCUAUUCGCUCUAUCAAAGACCCUCCGAAACCUCAGAAAGCCAAGAAGCGACCGGAAACGUUGAAGUUCCGUCCUGGAGAGUGCUUCCCAUUCCGAGCCAAAGUAUUCCGAAACGAGAUUGUGAAGAGGUUACGAGUGACGAAACCUAUUUGAGACGACAUCUUAAAUUGGAGACCGAAGAGCGUCGGAGGAAAAAGUGGGACCGACAGUGGAUGUCGGAGCAGAAACGGUUCGAGCGAGCGCGACGGAAACAAUCCCGCGGCGCGACACAGACGGCUCCUCUGAAAGAUCCUGUCCUGACUCUGUUCCCGUCUGGGAGUCGACUGCAGGCUGUGGAAAUCAGUGAGAAGGUCCCCGUCGUCGCUUGGGGCUGUGCCGUUCCGUCUUUCCUGCCCAGGGAGUUCUCAAUGGAUUGAUUUGAAAUAACAGGCCCGGAUGGGCGCGGGAUCGGAGAGAGUCAUUUUGGCUUAUCUUAUCACUUGUUUUUACCUCUUGCAUCUAUGAACAUGACGCACUCUGACGAUAGUGGUCAGACUUCGAGAUCAUAUGGGAAACCUCGGAUUCCUCAUGAACGAUUAGGUUCGAAUACAUUUCAUACCACCAAGAUAUUUUCGGAGUUCCGAAGCUGAGAAUCUGACCCGACGAACUCUUCACACCUGACUAUUCUCCGGAAGUAUUUUUAUCACUCGAUGGGCCUGGAAGUCUAUUUUUCCCAGACGACGCCUCAAGUCGGGCGGUCGCGCAUUGUGCCACGAGAUGUCACGGGUCCGGUUGACGAAAGGGGGCUGCGGUCUCGAACUGAGUUGCCUUACUCGAUUCCGAGCCCCCAUUGAAUGAUCCGUUUGUAUAUGUAAAUAUGUAAAUUAAACUGAACAUAGU